UGCCAAACCUCUAUCACAACAUCAACGGGAACACUUGUUACUUCGCUGCAGCCUAUAGCCCACCUUUUCUUUUAACUAUCGUGGAGCAUCUUCAAGGCUUUAUUUCAAAUCGAUGGCAGAUCCACUCCCCUGUGCCCACAGUGCAGGGUACUAGUUUCUUGAUCCGGCCUCAAGAGCAGCUACCAAUAGUUGCCGACUGCGCAUCACGAUUGCUCAGGUGAAGAAUCGGUAUCGAGGAAUAUGCAUCUUCUCCACUGCUCAAAAGAAGGGGUUGAUCAUUCAUUAAAUGUCCGUCUGGAACAAGUUGGCGAGCAGCCUCCGCCCUAUGCGACCCUCUCGCAUGUUUGGGGUGAAGGCGAGUUGACGUUCCAGGAUUGCGAGGGUGCCGAAGAUAUAACAAACACGCCCAGAGUAACGUCGAAGAAAGGCUACGCCAAAGUUGCGGCGGCAUGUGAGCGAGCUCUGCAAGAUGGACUGGCCCAUGUCUGGAUUGAUACGUGUUGUAUCGACAAGAGCUCAAGCGCGGAGCUGUCCGAGGCAAUCAACUCCAUGUUCCGCUGGUAUGAGAUGUCGCAGAUAUGCUAUGCCUACUUAGACGACCUCCAUGAUCACUUCAAUCUGCGAUGUCUUCGGAAAAGCAAGUGGUUUACGAGAGGUUGGACGCUCCAGGAGCUAAUCGCGCCGGCCGAGGUUGUGUUUCUCACUGCUGAGUGGAAGGAGAUAGGGACCAAGUCCUCACUUGCAAAUCAGAUCUCAAGGACAACGCGUAUACGAGAGUGCAUACUUGUUGACGGGUUGUAUGCGCACGAUACAAGCGUGGCGGAGAAGAUAUCCUGGGCAGCUGGGCGUCGCACGACUCGCGAAGAAGACCACGCGUACUCCCUUCUAGGACUAUUCGACGUCCACAUGCCGCCUAUAUACGGAGAGGGGGGUCCAAAUGCGUUCAGGAGGCUGCAGGAAGAGAUCAUGCGCGUUUCGACUGACCAUACAAUCUUUACCUGGUGGGGGCAAGGGUCUUCGAUAACAUCCGGAAUUCUGGCCUUGUCUCCCGACCAUUUCAUUCGCGCGACGCUCCAUCCCGUGGUAUUCGACGUCUACCGGCAGGCCUUCGACCUCUCCCAAGCAAAGCCGGAAUUUACAGUCACAAACUACGGCUUGAAAAUACAGAUCCCCAUAGUGGAGAUCGGACCAGACUACCCAGGAUAUUACUACGCGUUUCUCGCGGCGCGAUAUUUGGGGGCUGCUUCGCAAGAUGAGUGGGCCACUAUAUAUCUGUAUCGUCAACCAGGAGGCGGCAUGCGUCAGUUUACUCGAACCAGCUUCAAGGGCAUGUGGCUGGAACACCGAAAGAUCGGGCUCGAGGAUUUUCACAAGGACACCAUCUUUAUAAGAAUAACGGUUGACACAUGGCCGCUUGUGAUGGAUCCCAGCAUAGCGGAGCCCUUUGGGACGCCAGGCCUACGCGGUGUGAUUGGUGGACAGAUUGAGCGAAGAGUGUAUAUGGCAUUUGCCAAAAAGCAUCCGACAAUCCACAUCGCAGAGUACUGUGUGAACGACUGCCCCCUGAGAUGCAACGAAGUUCUCAUGCUUAGUUUCAAGGGUCGGUGGGCCAUGAGGACGGAGUCGGGCCAGGAGAUAUUUCCGGACCUGCACAAGGCCACUGUGGCGAGGUCGAUUCAAGCUGAUUUUGUCGAGUUCGACCGCAGAACGUACGGAAGCGGUCAGCAUCUAGCCUUUAUCGUCAUGAGCAAUGGAAUCGACAAAAUUCUGCUUGUCAUGGCUAUACAGCGGGGCGCAUGGCUGCUGCUGCUAGCGAAGAUAGAUUGCAACGUCGCGGUCCGCACGGUAAGACAAGACUUGCUUUCUCCCGUGGAGAAGCAUGACGACUGCAAUCGGGGCCUUCUCCGGCGAACGAGUACGACAUUUAUACCAACGUGGCUACAAUCUAAAUUUGUCGGUGUCGGCGUGCCUUUCAACCCACCGGGGCCGUUUGAAGCCCGCCUAGGCAGAUAUUUCGUCUCCAUCGAGAGAGAGGCGCGCCUAGACCGUCCAAAAGAGCUCUUCUUCCGUAUCACAGUGGGCAUGAGGCCUGUGGUAUCUCGAAAGGCGGCUGGCACCUUUAAGAUCAAAGAGAACGCAACAAAAUCUGUCAUUUCAGAUGAGAUCGAUACCGAAUUCCUGAGAUUUGUUUAGUGCGAGCAUCGUGAGCCGCUCGAGGUUCUGGGUCAUACAGUUCCAUUCAAACAUCCGAAUAGUCGCUUGAGCAGUGGCACUGCUUGACAUCAAUUAUAGAUGAAAUGGAAGUACUUUGAUAGACGUCAACAUUUUGAAGGAAAUCGCCAUAUUUAAGGCACUAAUUAUGCUUGAUCGUGCUACACAAGAGUGUUUUUCUGUGGAGAUAACCUCACAAUUCAAUGUUGAUAUCUCAAGAGAUACUCAGCGGCACCUGGGGCCGUCUUACAGGAGUUCACAUGUCUAUCAACCGACAGACUGGAG